CAGAAAGAAAAACGCGACAUAAAAUGAAGUCGAUCUUGAUCACUGGUUGCAACCGCGGGCUUGGCUUAGGUCUAGUGAAACAGCUGGUGAAACUAUCGCAACCACCAGAGAAUAUCUUUGCAACUUGCCGAGAUGCGAAGAAAGCAACGGAAUUAACUGAAUUGGCUAAGAAGUCAAAGAAUAUUCACAUUAUCGAAAUAGAUUUGGUCAAUACGAAAGAUUAUGACAAAAUAAUACAAAUUGUAAGUGAAAAAGUAGGCAAUGCAGGAUUAAACAUCCUCUUCAAUAAUGCAGGAAUCAGUACGAAAUUUACGAGGCUUGGUCUCGUGAAGGAAGAACAGCUUACAGAAACAUUUUUUGUGAAUACAGUAGUUCCAAUCUUGUUAACAAAAGCACUUUUACCACUUUUGAAAGCAGCAUCUAAUAACUUUGUAGAUAAAUCAAAAAUGAAUAUUAACAGAGCUGCAAUUAUUAAUAUGUCUUCAAGUCUUGGAAGUAUUACUGACAAUACUAUGGGUGGAUUUUAUCCUUAUAGAUGUAGUAAGGCAGCACUUAAUGCAGCUACAAAGUCAAUGAGCGUUGAUUUAAAGGAGGAUGGGAUCCUUGUCACUUGUUUACAUCCUGGUUGGGUACAGACAGAUAUGGGAGGGAGCAAUGCACCCAUGAAUGUUGAUACCAGUGUCACUAACAUCUUGAAUACAUUAAAUUCAUUAACCGAAAACCAUACCGGUUGUUUUAUUCAACAUGAUGGGAAAUUUUUACCUUGGUAAAUACAAAUGUUAU